CCCGCCAACUACGUCUAUGUAUCGGAGAAGAAUAACUCCAUAAAGGGUAGUUGGACGAUCGAUACUGCCUUAUCCCCACCUCCAGCAUUCUUAGCGCCCAUCGAGAAGGCUGAGGAUGGCGAACGGAAGAACCUAUAUGUGCAAUCUACAAACGGGAGUCUCAAUGUCAAAGUUCGACUGAUCAGCUCGCAAGAUGUCGUUCGCCGUCGAGCUGCAUUGUAUUGCGCAUCUGCAAAUGGGAACGUGCAGGUUUACGUCGUGAGCUACCAUACCGAUACCACAUUUCAGGCUUUCCACCUGGUAGCUCGCUCGGCUAACGGUUCCAUAAGAGUGUACCUACCCAGAGAUUUCAAUGGCCCAAUCGAGCACCAUACUAAGAACGGGACGACGGUCUUCUCGCCUGGGAUCCGUCCCAAUGUUCAGACAUUCUCUUCCACGAGAGGGGAAGGGAAGAGCUUUGUUGGCAAAAUAGACGAUGGCUCUGAAAUUGAGUCAGCGUCCGACUGGACUGGUGAUCACCUCGUCAUAUCGUCUAACAAUGGGAGUUUGUACAUUCAGUAUGUUGACGAGGAGAAACUUGAACCAGCCUUCGUUAAGACGAUAAAGGGAUGGUUUCACAGCAAUGCCGAAACGAAGCAGCUGCUCGGAGAAGCAAACCGGAUAAUGAAGGACGGUAUUGGUGGGCGGCGGCAUUACUGA